AUGGACAUUCAGACGUCUUCUUCUAUGCAGAAUAUCAUUAAUAAUAAUAAUGGUAACAACCGUAAACCUAUCACCAAACAGAAACGUAAACGUAAUAGAAUCCCACUGAGUUGUACUAUAUGUCGGAAGAGGAAAGUCAAGUGUGAUAAGAUUAGACCUCAUUGUAACCAAUGUACCAAGACAGGGGUGGCUCAUUUGUGUCAUUAUAUGGAACAAAGUUGGGCAGAAGAAGCUGAAAAGGAACUUUCUAAAGAGAAUGAAAUUAAGAAUUUGAAAGAAAGAAUCAAACAUUUAGAAAAGAGUCUUUUAAAAGUAUCGUCAAACUUAAAUACUCCGGAAAAUAUUUCAAAUACAAUGAGUCCCCUCAGUAACCAUUCUACCGUGGAAAAUUUAUCUUCUUCUGCCAAUAAUAAUUACAAAGAUAAAUAUGAUGCCGAUGAAUUGGAUUUGACAAAGCAAUUCGAUAUGUUACAUAUCAAAAACAAUGGAACCAUUCAUUUGGGUGCCACUCAUUGGCUCGCUAUUAUGAAAGGUGACCCAUAUUUAAAGCUUCUUUGGAGUCAAAUCUUCAGUAUAAGAGAAAAAGUAAACGAAUGGUAUUCCAAAAAAACUGUUUUGAAUAGAAAUAAACUUGUUAUCAACUCAAAAAACCAUCACAAUAAAGGUACACAACAGUAUACUCCGAAUAAUAACAAUAAUAUGAAUUUCACAGAAGCUGGCCUACUGGCUCCACAUCCUUUACCUGUCGGUAGCGAUGGUGACAUUAGAAAGUGUCCUGUUGCACACAGAAUGAGACCAGAUGAAUCAUUAAUCGCUCCACAUCCUCUACCGGUUGGUAGUGACGGGGAUAUAAGAAAAUGUCCAGUGGCUCAUAAUAUGAAACAAGAGGAAACUCUGAUUGCUCCUCAUCCUUUACCAGUGGGGAGUGAUGGUGACAUAAGAAAAUGCCCCGUGGCACACAAAAUGAGACCUGAAGAAACAUUGAUUGCACCACAUCCUUUACCUGUCGGUAGCGACGGUAAUAUAGCAAAAUGUCCAGUAGCUCAUAAGAUGAACUCGGAAUAUCCAGUAAUUAAAAAGGAAGAACAGAUCUCAUUAAAGGAAAAUAUUUCAACUGACACUUCAUUUUCUUCAUCACUAACUACUGACCAAAUUGUUAAAGAAAUUGCAUCAAUGUUACCACCGAAAAAUAUUAUUUUCACUUUUGUAGAUAAGUUCUUCAAACACAUUUAUCCAAUCGUCCCAAUUAUCGAUGAACACAAUUUUAAAAGCCAUUUAAAUAAAAUUAUACUUCAGGACAUAAGGGAUUCAAGUAAAGUCAAUUUAAAUUUAAGAAAGGCCUCCGAUAACUGUCUGUUGGGUAUCAUGAUCAUUAUUCUUAGAUUAACAUGGUUAUCUUUACCUCCCAACAGAUGUAACAUCAAUUUGAAUAAUUCUUCUCCGGAUUUUAUCAAUUCUUUGUUAAUAUCAAGCAAUGCAGCAACAUCAGCUUCGAAUUCAAAUAUGAAAGAUGAUAAUAUCUUAAUUAAAUUCGAAACUUCCGUAGAAGCAUUAAAUUUAACAAAGGACUAUCUGAUAAAAUUUGACAAGAUUUCAUCGGUUUCAAACAAUAACAUUAAUCUAACAACUAUCCAAUUCGCCAUCUUUUAUAAAAUUUACAUGUUAAAUGCACCAAACUCUUCAACCGAACCAAAUACUAGAGCACAAGAUAAUGACUCUAACCAAAUAUUACUCUCAUCGAUUAUUCAAAUGGCCUUCAGUUGUGGUUUACAUAGAGAUCCUGACAAUUUCCCACAAUUAAACGUUGUAUCAUCGUCAACUUCGUUAAAACAACAAAAUGAAGAAGAAAUGCAAAGAGAAAAUCAAAUUAGUACAGAGAGAUUCAAACACACUUGGAGAAAAGUAUGGUUUUAUAUUGUUCAUUUGGAUGUCAACCAAUCCUUGGCAAUGGGAUCGCCAAGACUAUUAAGAAAUCUGAAAGAUUUCAGUGACACAAAACUACCUUCUGCUUCCAAGAUUGAUUAUGUUCGUGAUAUUAAAGAAUUAAUCAUAAUUAAAAAUUAUUCACUAUUCUGGCAAAUUGACUUGGUUAUUGUUGCUGUUUUGAACCAUAUUUUGAAUAUUCUUGUUGCGAAAAAUGUCAGAAAAUUUGAGUUGGAUUCAUUAAUCAAGUCAUUGACUGAUUUGACUUUUACUCGUAAAAAUAUUAGUGAAGUCAUCAAUGAUCUAAUUAACAAAGGUCUUUUGUCAGCUUCCGAAGGAUCUAUUAAUUAUCAAGAAUAUACGGAUGAAAGCUAUACGUUGCCGAAUUUCCAAGAAAUCCUAUCAAAUGGUAAUGCGGUAAUUAAUGCUGAAGAAAAGAAAUUUGAACUACCUCACGAAUCAACUACGAAGGCUAUUCUAUUUACAAAACAUCUUUCUUUAAGAAUGUUAUUGUUUACAUUGAAUUACAUUCUAUUUACACAUUACGAGCCUAUGGCUAGUCAAGAUAGUGGAACAAUACCUAUUACAAAAGAGUAUGCUCAACAAAGUCUAAAUUUUGCCAUCGAUGGUUUCAGAAAUUGUUUAAUUUUCUUCAAUAAUAUUAGAAAGGAUUUGACUGCCACAUCCACUAUAUUUGACUAUGUUAACAUCUUAUUGGCACCACAAGUACUAGAUGUUGGUCAUCGCUCUUUACAAUUUCUGGUUUGCUUAACUUUACGUUGUAAGCUGGGUCCAAUUAUGGGCGUAAAAGAGAGCUUAUUUUCUGGUAACGACGAAUCUGAUAAUGAUUCCAUUAAUAGUGAAGUCACGAAUAAUUCUGUCACUAUAACAACCAUAGAUAAUGAUGAAUUGAAUGAAAACUUAUUGAAUGAUAUUAAUCUUGAUAAUGUUAACGAAGGUCAGUUGAGUGAGACAUUGAUUGCUAGAAUGAAGAUUUUCUUAAAACUGACAAAACAAAUCGCUGUAAAAUAUCCAUAUGCACACAAUACUUCAAGGUCUGUUGGUUUUUUCAUCACUUUACUGAAUAAAAGUUCAAAGAAGACGGUAGGUGACUUCAGUUGGAGGCCUCAAAAGAUAUCAGGAUUUUUCAAAAAUGCCCCUUCAUUUGUGUCAGCAGAUAAGGAUCAAUUGAAUAAGUGCCCAGUGUAUCAAGAUGCCUUAGGUUUCAUGUUGCCAAAAAUGAAACCUUCUACACCACAAUCUACUCAAUUACCUCCUAUUAGGAAUUCGUAUAAACCUAUUACUUACACUAAUAGCAAUAUAAGGAAAUUAGAAGAACAAGAAACAAAUCAAGAAUUAAAGAAGAGGAAAGUAGAUAAUGAGGUUGAAAGGUCCAAUACAACGACGCCAUUACCACCUUUACAAUCUACGAUUUUCAGUAAUGUGAACGAGCCAAUGGUGAAUAUGAUGAAUGACGAUUUAACGAAUCCAAACUUUAACGAUUUAUUUGAUCCAAAUAGGAUAAUGGAAGCCAUAACCGAAUUCAAUCCGUCAAUCGAUAUGAACGAAUUUGAUGGGUUCUUAAAUAACAGUAAUAAUAAUAACAAUGGUUACAAUAACAAUGAUAGUCCAAAUAUAAAUAAUGACGUAAGCCGGGCAACUACUAUCAAUAGUAACGGAAUGAACAAAAACGGUAAUGACGGUGUAGAACUAAAUAUAUUCGUUCCUAAAUUGGAAGACGGAUUAACUGAUUUUCAAGAUUUUACAAUUUGGGAUUAA